GCACAACACACCCGUGCCAGCACUCAGCCCCAUUGACAGUGUCCCUCCAGCUCUUGACGGGAAAGGUGUUGUCGAAUCGCUCCUCGCCGACCACUUCGCUUGUGCAGUUCUCGGUCCGGCCCGUCGUCAGCGCCAGACGACAAACCGUCUCUAUCUGAAGGUCUUUCCCAUCUCGUGAAAGUGGAGACACUCUUGUGAUUUAUAAGGACUUUAUACUAUGAUAUCUUUGUGAUUUGAGGCUUUGGAUUCCUCACAGAGAGCGAAGUCUAUUUUAUCAUCUGACUCUGCACCACGCACGGUAGAAUAUUAGGACCAAAGAUUGAUACUAAUAAAAUUCGAAUUUCCAAACACAUUCCCAGUAACGUAUUAGAAUAAAACAGAGGAUGGACCGUGUGGAAAUUAUGCGCCCCAACUUGUACGAUAUAUUGGGGCCAUUGGAUUCAGCUGAUGAUUUCGAAGCGUUCGAAGCCGAAGGAGAGGCAGCGGCGCGCGUCAGUCUGGUUCAGCAGCUCACACAGGAGGUCACGAGUCGGACCGAUGCCCUCGGCUGUGGUCAGGUCAUCGUGCCCCCAGGUCUUAUCGAUGAGGUCACUGUGCAGGUCCUACGGCUAGCAGACUCCGAACCGUGUGGCGUAAGGGGCUGUGUGCUGCACGUGCAUUACGACAGCGGAGACCAAAGACAGCGCCUUACUCGGGUCGUUCUGGACCCGACGAUGCCCAACACCUUCGAACUGUACCUCACCCUCAGACCCGACACCACGACUUGGUAUCACAAGAUGUCCAGAAUUAUCAAGCCCCUCCGGAAGUCCGGCCCUCUCCUUCUCAGCACCGACUUCAAGAUGGAGAAGAAAAAGCUUUAUCCCGAGGAAUAAGGCUUUGGUAUCCUCGGCCGGCGAGAUCUUCCUCGCUGUCCGGAUCGUAGGCUUCCUGGCCGCCAUCGACGUUGUCUCGUUAUUCGCAUAUCCUCAUUGCCAGCAUUUCUAGCAUUUCCAUUUUUCUUUCCUGUCAUAUUUUUGUGUCUGUAAGGGUUGUCAUACUUUUGUGAAGAAAGACAAAAAUACUAGAAGAAUAUGUACAUUCAUAUUUUGCAAAUUGUAAUUCCCAAGUCAUCUACUAUCGCCAAACGUUAGUAGAGUUUGAAUGAGCUAAGUCAUUUUUCGAAGUCAGUCUGACUAAUGGGAAUAAUUGUAUCACCCAUGAAAAGAAUGGUCGUGUGUCCACAAGCGCCCUUCUCGUUGUUGAAUGAACCGUUUCAACGCCAUCUGCAGGACGGAAACGAAGGGCCGCGAGCCUCUGCUUCCAGGAACAGAGUGAUGUCCCUUUCCCUGGAAGGUCUUGCAUUACUUUCCCUGAAAUGAUUCCAGGGCAUGGCUCUAGUGGAAACAAGCGCUCCCGCGCGCAUCUGUGUGUGUGUGUGUAUGUGUGUGUGUGUGUGUGUGUGUGUGUGUGUGUGUGUGUGUGUGUGUGUGUGUGUGUGUGUGUGUGUGUGUG